AUGGUGGAGGCACCCCCCGACCCCGAGACCGUCCUGGUGCUGGGGAAGAUGGGCUUCCAGCUGGGGCCGCUGCUGGCUCACGGUGCCUACUGGGAGGUGCAUGAGGGUGCAGCCCCCCCACUGUGGCACAAGGUGGCCGUCAAGGUCAUCUCCAAAAGGAAGGUCUUGAAAGGCUUGUGCCACAAGCACCUCAUCACGCUGUACCAAGGCAUGGAGAUGAGGAUGGGCUUCUACCUCCUCAUGGAGCUGGCCCCCUCGGGGAGCAUCCUGGAGUGGGUGUAGAGCCAGGGGCCCUGCUCCCAGGGCCAGGCAGGGCUCUGGUUCUCCCAGCUGCUCCUCACUCUAGCCUACCUGCACAGCAGGGCCAUCGUCCACCGGUGGACCUGUCCCAAGACCCUGCAGGCGCAGCCCUGCGACCCCUUCCUGGCAGACACCUGGAGCGCCGGGGUCAUCCUCUAUGCCCUGCUCCGGGGCUGCAUGCCCUUCGAUGCCACCGACCUGCAGUGCCUCCUGUGCCAGACCUAG